UUUGACAUUAGAUGCUGUGUGCUAUUGCUGUCAGAAAUUAAUAAAUACUGACUGCUGAUGCUGUGUUCAGUCUAAGUAUUUUAUAUGUAUUUUAUUCAAACAAAUAUCCUCAAUUUGAUUGCUAUUUACUCAGUGAUCGUUUUUUUAAAAUCUUAAUAGUUUCACUAUCAUUAAUUUAAUUUGAGUUGAUUGGAGUGUUGUAUUUGAACUUUAAUUAUUAAAUAUUAUGUGAAAGUUGUGUGUUCUCCAAUUUCCUACCCACGUUCAUUGAAAAAUGGAGGUGUCCCAUUCCCUGACUUUGAAUGAGUCAGCUCUGCAACAGUUACCUGAUGACAAGAAGCCACAUUUCAUAUUUGAGUGGCUCCGGUUUCUUGACAAAGUACUUGUGGCUGCACAUAAGUCUGACAUAAAAAGCUGCCAGCAAAAGCUAGUGGCUCAGCUAGUGAACCUCUUACGUGAGAACCUCGGUGGACCAGCCAGGAGGUUGUUAGCCAGGAAUUUGGCUACUCUGUUCUCUGUUGGAGACACGUUCCUGCUGUUCGAUACUGUGAAUAAAUGCAAUGACAUCAUCAAAGUUAAAGAUGAUUCGCCAUCUUAUUUGCCGACUAGACUGGCUGCGAUAUGCUGUUUGGGAAGUAUGUACGAGAAACUCGGCAGGAUGAUGGGAAGGUCAUACGAGGAGACGGUGACGACCCUAGUCAGAUCAUUGAAAAAUGCUGAGUCGCAGGCAAGACUUGAAAUUAUGAAUACUCUUGAAAAGAUCUGUGUGGGUAUGGGUACGGCUGCGCCGGCGGCAGUUCGCGAGGUAUCUCGAGCGGCCCGCGCGGCGCUUGUUUCGGAAAGGGCAACCGCAGUACGAGCGGCUGCGGCCCAUACAUUGCGACAUUUAUUGCCGUUGAUGCGGCUAACUCCAGCUGAUUUAGACGCCAUUGCAGCUGCCUGUCUAAGGGCUGCUCAGUCUAGUGAUUAUUCUUUAAGAUGCGCUAUAGCCGAGUUAUUGGGCGCGCUAAUAGCAAUCACACAAGCUGGAGAAGUGACUAAUUUGAAUUCUAAGCUGAAAACUGGGACGCCAUCAGUACAACAAAAGAAAGACCCGCCGAAGAACGUAGUAUCAUUAGAUGAAGCAUUGAAUUUGUUGAUGGGUGCCUUCCUACGUGGAGGUACCUCAUUCCUGAAAGGAGAGAUAAUUAAGUCCAGUUCCGGAGUCAAUCGGGAAGUGAGAGUUUGUGUGACGCAUGCGUACGUGAUAUUCGUUCAGAACAUGGGAGGCGUGUGGCUGGAACGUAAUUUGACGACGUUCUUGAAUCACGUAUUAGAUCUAGUCGCCAACCCCAAGGCGGCUAGCUCGCAUGUAGACGCUGUUUAUUCAAGAAAAUGCAUAAACUUCAUAUUACGUAACACGCUCGGUAAGAUGCUGGGCGAGAAGGCUCAGUCGUCAGCCUGUCGCGAGAUCAUACAGAUUGUUAUCAAGCAGAUGAACAGCAUUGACUUCAACCCUGAGAAUGCUAAGGAUUGUAAUCAGGAAACGUUAUUCAGUCAACAUUUGCUAGUUUGUGCGUUGAUGGAAGCUGGAGAGUUGGCGCUGCAGCUCGGCACGUCCGUACAGAACCUUGUGUCCGAUACUUCACUCAACAUGAUCGACGCUAUUUGUACUGUGCUGUGCCACCCGUGCGCGGCGGCGCGGCUGGCGGCGGCGUGGUGCGCGCGCGCCGUGUGCGUGGCGGCGCCCGCGCACCUCGCGCCGCUGCUCGACCGCUGCGUCGACGCGCUCGACGCCGCCCGCCCCACGCCGCACCACAUCUCCGGUUACUCAGCAGCUUUAGCAGCUAUCCUAGGCGCAGUGCGUCUAUCCCCACUAGGCAUCCCCCACGGACGAGGGAAAGUGGCGUUUAACGCGGCGGAACAAUUGCUCCGGUCAGCGGGACAAAGUAGUCGCCUGACUGCUGCCAGAACUAACGCGGGCUGGCUCAUUGUUGGGGCUAUUUGUACGCUAGGAGUGCCAGUCGUCCGUGGUUUGUUACCCAGAAUGUUACUACUAUGGCGCAACAGUUUCCCUCGCUCUGCUAAAGAAUUAGAGUCUGAGAAGUCCAGGGGUGAUGCUUUUACUUGGCAGGUUACAUUGGAAGGUCGCGCUGGAGCCUUAUCAGCAUUACAUAGUCUGCUGAUCCAUUGCCCUUCGCUAGUUCACAAUGAUGAUACAGCCAAACGUCUCACGCAACCCAUAGAUGGCGCCAUUGCUGUUCUUACCAACGUCAGCACAGUUGUACGUUCAUACGGCGGCGCUCUGAAGGCCCCCGCCGCAUUACUCCGUCUCCGGGUGUAUCAAGCUUGUUACGCAUUAGGAGGGGGAGGCUCCCCCCCUCCCGCUCCUCUACUGAGGCUGCUGGCUGCUGAGCUGGCUGGCUCGGCUGAUCCUAGUGGGGCUAAUGUUGCUACUGGUACACUUCGAAAUGCAAUGCAUCCACGUGAUACCAUACUGCUGGGCGAAGAAGGAUGGAUCUACGACACGGAUCAUGCCGAAAUUGAAGACCAGCUGAUGUCGCCCUUGAGUGCGAGUGGGUCGGGUGCCCUGGAGCACGACCCGUGUUGCCUGUACCGCGGCGUCACCGGCGCCCAGCCACUCGGCGUCGCCGUCAUCGACGCAUCCGUGUUGCUCUUCCCACAGAUAUUCUCUAGAGCUGCGAAUAAACACCGGCAACAAAUGCUAGAACAUUUUGCGGAAUGUAUCAAAAUGUCGAAGGGUGCCCGUCAGGAAGCGAUUCAGAUCAAUGUGUAUACAGCUCUGUUGCUCGCGCUGAGGACCCUAGCCGAACUCAAGAGCUCGCUAGGACAGGAGGCCGUUAAGAAUAUUGCUACUGAAUUAGUUAUUAAUGGUUUAUCAGCUAACAGCGCAACAGUUCGCGCUGCGGCCGCUUCAUGUGCUGGCCGUUUAUGUGGCUGUAUCUCUGAAGCGGAAAGUCAAGCAUUGUCUGAGAAAGUGAUUGCUUUAGCGCGUACAGCGGUCAACCGGUCCGUCCGUGCAGCGGCUGCAGCGGCUGUAGGAGCGGUGCAACGUGCUAGGGGCGCUACUUCAAGCGCUGCAGCGCUUCCUGUACUUAGGGCGUUAGCGCAAGAUACAGCAGCUGUUGAGUUGCAAGUAUGGUCUCUUCACGCUCUCUCCGUACUAGCAGACGCUUCAGGUCCUAUGUUCCGUGGUCAUGUGGAGUCUACAUUGAACCUGGCUUUGAAAUUACUAUUCAGUGCACCGCCAUUCCAAGAAGAUCUCCAUCGCAGUAUCGGAAGAUUACUGUCUGCUUUGAUUACUGUUGUUGGACCUGAAUUGCAAGUGGUGGCAGUGGGCAGGUUCGUGUGCGCGUGCGCGGCGCUGUGCGAGUGCGGCGGGGCGGGCGCGCGCGCGGAGGCGGCCGGCUGUCUGCAGCAGCUACAGAUGUUCGCGCCCGACCACAUCAACCUGCACGCACUCGUGCCGCAACUCUGUCGUGAUCUCUCAAGCUCGGACCUGACAGUUCGUCGCGCCGCCCUCUGCUGCCUGCGUCAGCUGUCGCAGAAGGAAGCCGCCGAAGUCUGCAAGUACGCGCUUAUGGCCAAAGACCAUGUGCCUGCUAGGCCUUAUUGUGGUGUAGUAAUCACUGAGACGGGUCUUCCUGGCGCUUUGUUCGCAUUUUUAGACAGUGAACGUGAUCCCACCGCGUUGUCUUAUGCAAGGGACACCUUGACGUGCUGCCUGCUGGCCGCCGCCACGCAUCGCAGCGUGAAGGACUGGCUCGUACUCGCUAAGAGAGUGCUUACUAUACGAUUGGAGGAUAACAACAAUCCUGACACGGAUUUCGACGGUGAAGGAGAUGAUGACCAAGCAGAGUUCCACGCUGAGUCGGAACAGUCUACGCAUCCUGCUGUACAGUCGAGGUGGCCGACUAGGGUAUUCGCAAUGGAGUGCAUUCAGAAGAUCAUGGGAGCUUGUGAGGCGACCGGGGACAGCGCUCACUUCGAUCUCGUCAAAGCCAAGGAGAAGCUACAGAACCAACCGGAUGGAGAUUACCUCUCCCUCCACCUAUCAGACCUAGUCCGCAUGGCCUUCGUGGGAGCUACGGGAGAAUCGGACGCGCUCCGUCUGUGUGGACUGAAGACGUUGCAGAUGAUCAUACAACAGUUCGCCAGGGCACCCGAGCCUGACUUCCCCGGACAUCUGCUUCUAGAACAGUAUCAGGCGCAGGUGGGCGCGGCAGUGAGGCCCGCGUUCUCCGGCGACACGGCGUCGCAUGUGACGGCCGCCGCAUGCGACGUCUGCUCCGCUUGGAUCGGGUGCGGGGUCGCCCGGGAUAUCAAUGAUUUGCGCAGAGUUCAUCAGCUGCUGGUUUCAAGCUUGGAUAAAUUGAACACCAAGGGAAAUACAACAUUGAUUUAUAACGAAAGUAUGGCUACGUUAGAAAAGUUGUCAAUCUUGAAAGCAUGGGCUGAGGUAUACAUAGUAGCAAUGGUGAGCAAUGGCAGCGCUCCGGGUAGCUACGUGAAACAUUUAGACACGAAACCUUUCAACAAUCGAGCGGAACUCGCUAGAUGGCGCAAUCAGUUGCUACAAAACAAUAACCAGAUUGACAAUGCAACUCCUGAGACACCUGAAGAUGAGGAGUAUGGGGACUUUGAGUCUAAAGGGGAGAGUUUACUGAAGUUGGUAGAACCGGAGCUAGAGAGUUUGGGGGAGAAUUGGAUCGCGGCGUUAAAAGAUCAUGCGCUGUUGAGUUUGCCUCCUGAAUUCGCAUCUCAGCUCCCUCACGGUGGCGGUGCGUUCUACUGCGCGGAGACGGCGGAGGCGUCUCGCCUCCACUACGCGCGCGCCUGGCCCGAGCUACUGUACGCGGCCGCGCUACGGUAUAACAAGGGGGGAGCACUGCCUACUACUGAUAAAUCGGAAGGUGGCUUAGACAACAGAUCGUCGAAGACUGAAAAUGGAAACUUUGAAUUUUUUGAACCCAUCGACGAGAGAUUCCAUCUUUUGUUCGGUAUAUGCACGGAAGCUCUUUGCGCACAACGUGAUAUGAGCGAUGAGAAUAUAAUCUCUGUAUUAUUGUCUCUGGUCACACUGCUCGAUGCGCCUGAGAACAGAGCCAGACUGCUGAAAGAUAGGGCACUAGCAAUAGAACUGUGUCAAAUCAUUCACCGGACUGGACUUACUCAGGAGAGCAUCGAAGCAUUGCUUCUAGCAGCUGAUGUACUGAAGUUAGUCAUAGAAGGCGCUAAGGAACAACUUCAUGCUAAUAUGCAGGCCAAGAUUAAAGAACUAGCACCAGAUGAAGCAUCAGACGGUACAACUCCUCAAUCAGUUCUAGAAGUAGUCCACACUCUAGGAGAAGGAGGUCCCACAGGGGAUUUACCUCCUGGAAAGUCAGUAGUUUUCGCUUGUUUGGAAGCCUGCCUUUGUUUGCUGGUCCGUCGCCUCCCAGCCCUCUCACCUAAGAAACAGGGAGGCGCCAUAGGAGUGAUUGGAGUGCCAAAGGGUUUGGGAGUACAUGGUGAUACGCUGCUAGUCAAAACUUUGACUGCCAUGUCUGAAUUACCGUCGUUGACUAGUCCUCAGGGAGCCCUAUCAAUUCUACCAACCCUACUAUACCUAGCAACGGAGAUACUACGCGAAUCCCACGGACAAGGCGCGGCGGCGGAGUGCGGAGUAUUACUGCUACAUAGCGCGGCCGACUGCAGCGCUCCUCGACUACAUACUCACACUGCCGCGCAGCAUGCCAAGCUACUGCAGAGCGCGCUUGCUAAACUUGUAGAGAGGGUUAAGAGUGAUGAUCCAGAGCAACGUAUCGAGCCUAUAAUAGGGGCGCGAGGUAUGGCGGUAGUUCUGAACAAGGCGACUCCUGCGCCGCCACUACACUACCCGUGCAUCAACCACUUCCGACAGUGUCUUGAAACUAAUGAUAAUGAGAUAUUCUCGUCGUGCUGCGCAGUAUUACGUUCCGUAUGGAGCGUGGGCACGGCGUCGAGCGUGUCGUGGUGGGCGCGCGGGCUGGCCCCCGCCGUCAUCGCGCGCGCCGCCGCCGCGCGCCGCCCCGCCGACAUGUCGCAUACUAAGGCCGCCAUAGCCGCCAUAUCUGCGCUCGAUGAUCUCGUUAAUGCCGCUCCUGAUUCUGCUCAGGAUGGACCUAAAGGUAUCAAAAUGCUAUGGCUGCUGGUCCCAAUCGUAAUAUCAUACCUCCGCGAAGGUCCGGAGUUGCAGCGUGCGCCGGCCCACGUCCGCGCACUGCACGAGUUUGCGUUGCACUGGCUCACUAGAGUCGGGCCUAAACACCCACAGGAAUUCAAAACAAUGAUGCAACAGUCGUCGGAACUCCGCAGCAAAUUAGAAAACGCGUUGAAGGCGAACCAAGCGACCGCUCGAUCGGGACGCACUUCACAGACGCAACGUCCAGUGUUUGACGCCAAACCGGCCAAACCCACAAUACAGUUGAAGACAGAUUUCAGUGACUUUAGGUAAAUUUGUAAUACAAAUAAUAAAUAAAGUAACAAUAUUUAACAUGGAUAGUAUAUAAAAGUAAAUAUUCAAGUCUGGAAAGUAUUGAAAGUGAUGGCAAUGAAGACUUUCGUGUUUGCGCUCAUUAGAUGGCGUUAGUGUUCUAAGGCCCCAUUUAUCUAAUCAUGGUAUUUAGCAAAAAUUAAACGUCUAGAGGCUAGCGGGUCAGCCUAUUCCUUUCUCUCUUUUUUUUUUAUUUGAUUUUCAAUUUUAUUUUUUUUUAAAUAUAAAGGCGAAAAUUCAAAAAUAAUUUGGAAGAUUCGAUUAAGUUGGACUCCUGGCCACUGCAAUGAUUUGACAGUAACAAAUUGAUUGCGCAGCAGUGCCUUUAGCCAAACACCACUUUAGUGCAUGUCUACAGAGAGAGUAGAAAACUAAAUGUAUGGGGAUGA